AAGAAGUGAUUUAAUAAUAUCACUUCUUGUGUUUUUUUUCCUGGCAAACAAACAGCAGCUUAAGAGAAACCCAACCCUUGCCAUUACAUCAAUUAUUGCGAGCGGAACAUCACCUUCCUUUAAAUACGAACCUUGGGGUCGAAUCGUCCUUAAUGAUUCCGAAAAUAAACCACUUUGUACUGUAUGCACUUGUUCAUUUUACCAUCUCCAAAUCAUCACAAACUUCAAUGCUUUGAACUUGCCAAACCUUAACUUCAAUUUUCGUCUCAGUUCUCUCUCAACCCAGUAUUACUGAAGAUCUUUGGUGGGAUGGGAGUUUUCGGGUUCAUUUCGUUGGCAAUACUUUGGUCCCUUGAAGGGGUAAAAACACAUGGAGAUCAGCCUCUCUCGAGAAUUGCUGUUCAUAAUGCAGUAUUUGCUCUAGAUGACCUUGCUUAUGUGAAAGCCUCUCCUCCAAUUCUUGGGUUGAUGGGGCAAAAUACAGAAUGGGUGAGUUUACAGUACAGCAUUCCCAACCCAUCAAUCGAUGAUUGGAUUGGAGUAUUUUCACCUGCCAAUUUCAGUGCUUCCACCUGCCUCCCUGAGACUCCAAGAGUUUAUCCUCCACUUUUGUGUACUGCUCCUAUUAAGUUCCAGUAUGCAAAUUAUACUAAUCCUACUUACACAGACUCUGGAAAGGGAUUCUUGAAGCUUCAGGUGAUCAAGCAGAGAUCAGACUUCUCUUUUGCACUAUUCUCCGGUGGAUUGUUAAAUCCAAAACUGGUGGCGGUGUCAAAUAUAGUAGCUUUUUCGAAUCCGAAGGCACCAGUUUACCCACGCUUGGCACAAGGAAAGACAUGGAAUGAAAUGACCGUAACAUGGACAAGUGGAUAUGGAAUCAAUGAAGCAGAAUCUUUUGUUGAAUGGGGUCCACAAGGAGGAGAACAGAGGCGUUCACCAGCUGGAACACUGACUUUUGAUCGCAGCAGCAUGUGUGGGGCACCAGCAAGAACAGUGGGUUGGCGUGAUCCUGGAUUCAUACACACUAGUUUUCUGAAGGAGUUGUGGCCCAACUCAAAGUAUACCUACAAACUGGGCCAUAAAUUGUUCAAUGGUACAUAUAUCUGGAGUCAGAUGUACCAGUUUAGAGCAUCUCCUUAUCCUGGUCAAAAUUCUGUACAACGCGUAGUCAUUUUUGGUGAUAUGGGAAAGGAUGAGGCUGAUGGCUCCAACGAGUACAACAAUUUCCAACGUGGCUCUCUUAACACUACCAAGCAGCUUAUUGAGGACUUAAAAGACAUUGAUAUAGUGUUCCACAUUGGAGACAUUUGUUAUGCAAAUGGAUAUCUGUCACAGUGGGAUCAGUUUACGUCCCAAAUUGAACUAAUUGCCUCAACUGUACCUUACAUGAUUGCAAGCGGGAACCACGAGCGUGACUGGCCCGGAACAGGAUCCUUCUAUGGCAACAUGGAUUCAGGAGGAGAAUGUGGCGUAUUGGCUGAGACUAUGUUUUAUGUUCCUACUGAGAACAGAGCUAAAUUCUGGUACUCCACUGAUUAUGGCAUGUUCCGUUUCUGCAUAGCUGAUACAGAACAUGAUUGGAGGGAGGGGACAGAGCAAUAUAAGUUCAUUGAGUACUGUCUGGCAACUGUCGAUAGACAAAAGCAACCAUGGCUUAUCUUCCUUGCACAUCGGGUAUUAGGUUAUUCUUCUGGUACUUAUUAUGCAGAAGAAGGAUCAUUUGCGGAACCAAUGGGGCGGGAGAGCCUUCAAAAACUUUGGCAGAAAUACAAGGUUGACAUAGCCAUGUUUGGCCAUGUGCACAAUUAUGAAAGAACUUGUCCCAUCUACCAGAAUAUUUGUACAAAUGAAGAGAAGCACUAUUAUAAGGGCACUUUGAAUGGGACAAUACAUGUUAUUGCUGGGGGUGGGGGUGCAAGCCUUUCAGAAUUUUCCAAUAUCAAGAUCAAGUGGAGUGUUUUCAGAGACUACGAUUACGGAUUUGUUAAACUCACAGCGUUUGACCAUUCGAACCUGUUGUUUGAGUACAAGAAGAGUAGGGAUGGAAAGGUUUAUGACUCUUUCAGAAUAUCUCGCGAUUAUAGGGACAUAUUGGCCUGCACCGUGGAUAGCUGCCCAAGUACAACCUUGGCAUCUUGAUUUGGGAAUGAAGGAAUAUUUUUGUUUAAAAUUUUGUUCAUGUAAUGGUACAAGAAAAAAAUAAAGGAGUAGGGUGAAUAGGUCUUUGUAUUUUUUUUUUUCCCUUCCUUUUUUGAUUUGUUAGUUAUAUUAGAGAUUGAAAACUGCAAAGAGAUGUAUCAGAUUUGAGUGCUUUAUUGAUGAAAUGCAUGGUUUACUAUGUUAUGAAGAA